AUGUCUGCUUUCCUUCUGCUCAGCGUAAGUCUGGACUGGGCCUUGGCCCAGGACAAUCACUGCAUGUCUUCCCAGUUCAGAAAACCUGGAGACUAUAUCCUGGGAGGCUUGUUCCCUUUCACAGUACUCACUACCAACGAGACGGACCGGACCCUGCCUGAUGUUUACAAAUGUGAGAGGCUUUAUGCUGCCGGCCUCGUCUGGGCUCUCGGGAUGAAGUUUGCCAUCGAGGAGAUCAACAACUCCACAGUGCUGCUGCCAGGAAUCACACUCGGCUAUGACAUCUACGACAGCUGCAUGGAACCGGUGGUUGCCCUCCAGCCCAGCCUACUGUUCCUGUCCAGAGCAGGCACAAACAGCAUUGGGGUCCUUUGCAACUACACAGACUACCAGACCCGAGUGAUGGCUGUCAUCGGGCCUCACAACUCAAAGCUCUCCAUAGUGACAGCUAAGCUGUUCAGCUUCUUUCUGAUCCCACAGGUCAGCUAUGGGGCCACCACAGAGAAGCUGAACGAUGAGGAGCAGUAUCCCUCAUUCUUCCGAACCGUGCCCAGCGACAUGAGCCAACUGGAAGCCAUGAUCCAACUCCUGAAGGUUUACAAAUGGAAUUGGAUCGCGGUCGUUGGCAGCGAUGAUGAGUAUGGCCGCGAAGGCCUCAACCUUCUGUCUUCUAUGGUGGCCAAUGAGGAGAUCUGCAUCGCCUUCGAGGGGCUGAUCCCGGCAGAUGUGUCAAACCCGAACCUCCAAAAGAUGAUGACGCAGACGAUCCGGUCGAUCAACGAAACGAACGUCAACGUCGUCAUCCUCUUCGCCAAUGACCGACCCGUCCGGGCAUUCUUCAAACUGUGCUUCGAGCUAGGGCUGAACCAGAAGGUGUGGCUAGCCACCGAAGCCUGGGUGAUGUCUGACGUGGUCACCUCCCUGAGAAACAUCCAAUCCAUCGGGACGGUCAUUGGCUUCGUCAUCAAGGGAGGGAAAGUCCCUGGCUUUGAGGAGUACAUCUACAGGCUGUUAGAGCUGACCCAACAGGACGGCUUCUGCACCGCUUCCCAGGAGGAAGGAGACAAGAUGGGCGCUGACGUCCUGGGCCAGCAGUGCCUGCAAUGCAACAGCAUUUCCCACCAGAACAUCACCACCGUGCUGGAGCACCGGCAGACCUUUGCCGUCUACACCGCAGUGUACUGCGUGGCUCAUGCGCUCCAUGACUUCUUACGCUGCAGGAGAGGGUUCCGCUGUCAGAAGAGCAGCAUCAAAUCUUGGCAGCUGCUGGACAAACUGAAGGCCAUCAAUUUCAGCCUCUCCAAUCAGACGUUCCAAUUCGACCAACACCGCAGCAUGAACAGGGGCUACGAGGUCAUCACCUGGAGCUGGCAGGAGAGCAGCGUCCGACUCACCAGUCUCGGAGACUUCAAAGUGAAGUUGAACAUCAAUACGUCCUUGGUCCAGUUUCACACAGAGGAUCGAAAGGCACCCCGCUCUGAGUGCCUUACUACAUGUCAGCCCGGGCAGAUCCGUCGGAUGAAGGGGUUCCACCUCUGCUGUUAUGACUGCAUUGAUUGUGAGAGGGGCACUUUCAGCAGCUCUCUAGAGGACACGUCCUGCACCCCAUGCCCCAAGGAGCAGUGGUCCCCUGAGCGCAGUGUGCAGUGUUACGACCGCAGUGAAAAAUACUUCUUCUUUUCCGAACCUCUGGCUGUCGUCUUGCUGCUUGUGCGGAUUUUUGCCUUUACCCUCAUCUGCCUCUCGGGGGCGCUGUUCCUGAAGCACCUGCACACACCUAUGGUGCAGGCCACCGGAGGAGCCAUGUGCCUCUUGGGACUCUUCUGCCUCGCCCUGAUUUGCGCCGGCUCCAGCUUCUUCGUCGGAAAGCCCAGCCUAACCUUCUGUCUGAUGCAGCAUCCCUCCUACGCCCUCUGCCUCAACCCUUGCUUCUCCACCAUCAUGGUCAAGGCCCUCCAGAUCAUGCUGGUGAACGACUUCCCCAACAGCCGGCGGACCUUCCUGCACACCCUCAUCCAGAGGAGGCCCUGGGCCAUUGUGGCGUUGUGCUUCCUGGUCGAAAGCGGGCUCUGCUUCGGGUACAUGUACGGCAACCCACCCAUCCUGCACAAGAACUACGAGCUCUUGCCCACCAAGAUCCUCAUCCAAUGCAAAAUCCAGUCUUGGGUCACCUUUGCCGUGAUCCACGGGUACAACUGUCUCUUGGCGGUCACAUCUUUCCUCUGCACGUUCAUGGUGCAGACGUCCCCCAAAAACUACAAUGUCGCCCGGGGCAUCACCUUUGCCAUGCUCACUUACUUCAUUGCCCUGAUCUUCUUCAUCCCCACCUACGCCACUGUGCGGCAAGAGUACCAGCCAGCCGUCCAGAUGGCCACCAUGUCGCUGUGCACAGUAGGGCUGCUUGGGGCUUACUACCUCCCCAAGUGCUACAUCCUCCUGUUCAAGCCAGAGUGGAACACAGCGGACUAUUUCCAAGAUUACACCAAAGAGAGGCUGCAGGAAAAAGAAUCCCAAGAUUAG